AUGUCAGCGAAUUUAAGACUAUCCUGGGCUGGCGACUUUGAUCGUUUGAAGGAGUUUGUAAAGAGUGACCUAGAGUUGCAGGGAAGCUGGUCAUCCCCGGCGAACGAGAAAAAACUUUUCGUGUCAGACAACGUUGAGUUGCUUUGGUGGAAAAAUAAAAAGUUCCUAAAGAUCAAUGGAGAGGAUGCAAAUCGAAUCAAACGUUGUAUGAUCAACGCUAUGUUUACGAGUUUAAACCUCGAUAGUAUCAAGUCUGGUGUGGACAUGGCUACUAACACCGAGAACUCCUUAAACGAAAACCAACCAACAAAACACCAGUGCAUGUACGGGUUGUGA